AUGCGUUGGCACAAGGAAGGAUUGGUGUGCGAUGGGAAAUUGAGGCACCCGGCCGACUCUCUGCCAUGGAAGCACGUCGAUGACAAAUUUAAGGAAUUUGCAUUGGAUCCACGUAAUGUUAGGCUGGGACUUGCAUCAAAUGGCUUCAAUCCAUUCGGGAUGCUGAAUGUGACUUACACUACGCGGCCUGUGAAAUUAAUUCCUUAUAACCUUCCACCUUGGUUGUGCUUGAAACAAUCGUACUGGAUGAUGUCGACGCUGGUACCAGGGCCUAAAUCUCCAGGAAUGAACAUUGAUGUGUAUUUGCAGCCUCCGAUCGAUGAGCUUAAAGAGCUGUGGGUUAAAGGAGUGGAAACAUGGGAUGCCAAGGUGAAGAAGAAUUUUACUCUACGAGCAAGGCUACUUUGGACAAUAAAUGAUUUUCAUGCAUAUGCGAUGUUAUCUGGUUGGAGCACAAAAGGCAAGUUUGUUUGUCCUUAUUGUCACAGUGAAACUGAUCAUUUGUGGUUAAACUACGGUUCGAAGCACUACUACAUGGGUCAUCGCCGUUUUUUGCCUUCGGGCCACAGGUGGCGAAGGAACAAGGCCAGCUUCAACAACAAGACUGAAACCAGGGAGUCGCCAGUGCCUCUCAGUGGUGAUGAGGUAUUGGUGCAGUACGAAAGUUUUGAGCAAGUCACUUUCGGAAAGGAAUCAAAGAAGAGGAAGCAGCGUGAUGAAGUCAAUAGAUGGCACAACUGGAGGAAGAAGAGUAUUUUUUUUGAACUUCCUUACUGGAAAACAUUGCUUAUACGCCAUAAUUUGGAUGUGAUGCAUGCUAAGAAGAAUGUGUGUGAGAGCUUGCUGGGGACUUUGCUUGGUUUAGAAGGUAAAUCUAAGGAUGGUGAGAAGGCUCGACUUGAUCUGGAACAUAUGGGUAUUAGGAAGGAUCUGCAUCUAGAGAUCGACAAGGGUAAAUACAAAUUGCCACCAUCGUUGUACAACUUAGAGAAAGAAGAUAAGCAAAUCUUGUGCAAAUUUCUACAGCAGGUGAAGAUGCUAGAUGGUUAUGCCUCAAAUAUCAGGAGAUGUGUUGACGUCACUAGUUGCAAGAUUACAGGAGUUAACAGUCAUGACUACCAUGUUAUGUUACAAAAACUAUUACCCUUGGUGUUACGCCAUUUAUUGCCUCCAGCUACAGUGAUCCCAUUGGUACAACUCAUCAAGUUCUUUAACGUAAUUUGCUCGAAGGAGCUGGAGGUUACUCAACUAGAAGAACUUAACAAAUCUAUUGGAGAAACGCUUUGUCGCCUUGAGAUGAUAUUCCCCCUAGCAUUUUUUGAUAUUAUGAUGCAUUUACCAGUUCACCUUGCUGGAGAGGCUAGACUUGGAGGCCCUGUUUGCUAUAGAUGGAUGUAUCCAGUUGAGAGAUACCUACGUACCCUGAAAGGCUAUGUGAGGAACAAAGCAGCCCCAGAAGGUUCAAUAGCUGAGGGAUACAUAUCAGAGGAGUGCCUUACGUUCUGCUCUCGGUUCUUUGACGAUGUUUCUACAGAGGAGAAUAGGCCAGAUCGUCAAAUAAGGAGCGCUGUUAGUGAACCACCUUGUGGCCUAACUGUAUUUGGAAGCAUUGACUACAAUCGUGCGCACGAUCUCGAUACUGUAAGUCAUUCUGUUUUGCAAAGGAUGAGGCAGUACAUAUUAUCCAACCGUGAAAAAGUCACUCCAUGGAUAAUGCAGCAUAUGGAUGCAUUGAAGAAAACCAGCACGAAAAACGUUGAACAAAGGCACAAGGAACAAUUUGUGUCAUGGUUUGAGCGUGAGGAAAAAGGAGAAUUGGCAGACAAAGAACUAUACUCUCUAGCUCGUGGUCCGGAUCAUCGAGUUCGUCUGUCCAAUAGGUGCCUCAUCAAUGGUUUUCUCUUCCGGACCGCUUCUAUAGAGAAGAGACCAACCACUCAGAACAGUGGUAUUGUCGUCAGGGGCGAUGCAGGCAUGGAGUGGUACGGAGUGAUUGACAAAAUCAUUACCCUGGAUUUUCCAGAUGAGAAGGAAAUCAUAGUGUUCGAGUGCUCCUGGUUUGAUGUUCCAAAAGAAAAUAAAGACAAAUCAAAAGGAUACAAAAGAGAUGAAUAUGGGAUUAUCGAUGUUGAUACCACUGUGCAUCGAUUUUCAGAGGAGCCAUACAUCCUGGCGACACAAGCAGAGCAUGUGUGUUUUGUCAAAGGCGCAAAGAAACUAAGUGGUGCAGCGUCCUUAAACUGA